AUGGACGUCGUAUUCGCGCAGACGCUAGGGGUGAUCGUGGUGGUCGGAUUGGCGACGGCGGUGGCGCAGUCCGGGGGGUUCGCGCUCGCGAGUCGGUUGCCGCCCGAGUUCGCGCAGGGCGCGAUGAGCGGGCAGGCGGUGAGUGGGGUGGUGGUUUCUUUGGUGGCGCUGGCGACGACUGCGUAUGGUGGGGGAUCAGUUUCGUCCUCGUCGUCCGCGAAAGGCGCACAGGCGUAUUUUUACGUCGCCGCGGCGGUGGUGCUGGGUUGCGCGGCGACGGCGGCGCGAUUGGACAAGACGCCCGCAUUCGAAGAGCUCACUGGGGUCGAGCGGCAUCGAGAUGGGCGCCGGUCGGAGAUGAACGCGCUCCUACGGGAUGAUGACGUCGAUGAGUACGACAGCGACGUCGAGGGCGCGCCGUUGAGAGCUUCCACAGGCGUGGAGGAUUUCGGCGACGAGAGUCGCGAUUAUAGACUCGCCGUCGCGUUGACGUUUAUCGCCAGCCUCUGCGCGUUUCCGGCAAUCACGAGCUCAAUCGAGAGCUCGCACGGCGCAAUGGGAGCGUUUUGGUCGCCGGUAUUAUUCUUACUCUUCAACUUGGGCGAUUUUCUCGGCCGACAUCUGGCUGGAAUGUAUCCCAAGACGCCGCCGAGAGGCGCGUCGUUGCGGCGCGCGGCGACGCUUCGAUUCGCCUUCAUCCCGUUUCUCGCCGCCUGCAACGUCACCACGCCGAACUGGCGCGUGCCCACCGUGUUUGCGUCCGACUUCUUCCCCUUCCUCUUCAUAUCCGCCCUCGCGGUGACGAAUGGUUGGCUCGCGAGCGUCGCCAUGAUGCACGGCGCCAGCCGCGCGCCGCUCUCAAAACGUCAAGCCGAGGGCGUCGUCCUCAGCUUUGCCCUCGUCGCCGGUAUAUUCCUCGGCACUGCAUUGUCUCUGUUCAUUGUAUUCAUAUUAUCUUAG